AAAUGUAUUUCAGGAGGUUUUCUGUCACUCUCUCCCCACGAGACACCUUAAACCCUCCAUUCCUAUAGGUGUCACUAGAGUCGGCCUCCCCCCUCCUGCUCCUCCUCUCCUCCUCCUCUCCUCCUCCUCCUCCCAGGGUGUGUGUUUUGAAGGUUGUACGAGCUAAACAGAAUCGCUCCCCCCCCUCGCUCAGGCUUCACAACCCGGGACGAGCCUCCCGGAGCUGGGGGAUCAUCAACACAGCCAGAGUCUCCUCCGCUCUUCAAUCAUCCCCAGCCCGCGGGUCUCUCUGUGCUGCUGGGCCGCCGGCCGAGCUCCUGUCCUCCCGGGGACUCACCGAGAGGGAAACGCCGCAUCCACACGGACACUGUAAAAGAGAAAAAGUUGAAACACGCAGGACGUACGGCGGGAAGACGAUGUGUCAGCCGUGCGGCUUCUCCUCAAGGUCAGCAUCGGGGCACAGCCGCCUCACGGAGCACUUUAUCGGGCAGUCGGAGAGGAGCCCUCCUCGGCGAGGCGCGGAGCGGAUGCCCCUGUUUCCUCUGUUACCUCCAGCAUCAGCGGGGACAUCUUCCAAGCACACCGACAGCCACUGACAGGGAAGCCGGGGACAAACUUGGGGAAACGCGUCUGUGUGAAUAACACAAGGAAAGGAGAAGGAGCAGCGUGUACUUUCACAGCGGUAUUGUGAAAGUCAGCUCCAGCCGCUCCCCCGCCUUCUUCCUUCGGCCUGUGUCGGUGCUGGUGUUCACCUGGCGACGGGGGAACGAACCAGAGCCGGAUCCGAAGCUAGCUAACGUCCCCGGGGAGAAGGGGCUCCCGGUUCGGUGCACGCUAGCCGAACCCACCGCUGAACUCACGAGCUUAAUCAACGAACCAAACAUUACGAAGUUGUUAGUGACUCAACUUCCUUGAACCUGUUCAGGUUUUUUACCAAGCGGACUUUAAAGUAUCAUUUCCUCGACAACAUGCCCUCGGGGACGGGCUCUCUCCACCCGGCCGGGACCGGGAGGAGGCUACCGGAGCGGGGGCUGCUCCUGCUGGUGGUGCUGGUGCUCCUGGAGGGAUCCGUGCUCCCCCUCGGAGCCGCCGGCUCUCCGGAUGUCACUCCUCCGGAACAUGGAGGCGGCCACAAAGCCUCGGACCCGGGACACAACUUCACCAAAAAGGCUUUCCCUGUGCUCAGCCUCGACUACCACCACAUACAGCUCCCAUUUGAAAUCGCAUUAUGGGUGCUGCUGGCGUCUUUAAUGAAAUUAGGGUUCCACCUGAUUCCUCGUCUGUCCAGCAUUGUGCCAGAGAGCUGCCUGUUGAUUGUGGUGGGCCUGCUGGUGGGGGGGCUCAUCAAAUUGGCUGGAGAGGAGGUCCCACCACUGCUGGACUCCAAGUUGUUCUUCCUCAUCCUGCUCCCGCCUAUCAUCCUGGACGCCGGCUACUUCCUGCCCAUCCGCCCGUUCAUGGAGAACCUGGGCACGAUCCUGAUGUUCGCCGUGGUGGGGACCCUGUGGAAUGCCUUCUUCAUCGGGGGCCUCCUGUACGGCGUGUGCCAGAUCCAGCCCGAGCACUCGAGCCUCCACGCAAUAGAGCUGCUGCCUUGCCUGCUGUUCGGCUCCAUCAUCUCGGCCGUGGAUCCCGUCGCUGUGCUCGCUGUGUUUGAGGAGAUCCACAUCAACGAGCUGCUGCACAUCCUGGUGUUCGGCGAGUCCCUGCUGAACGACGCCGUCACUGUGGUGCUGUACCACCUUUUUGAGGAGUACACAGCCGCUGGGACGGUGACGGUGGUCGAUUGCAUACUUGGAAUGAUCUCCUUCCUGGUGGUUGCGUUGGGGGGCGUUCUAGUGGGAGCCAUCUACGGCUUCCUGGCUGCCCUGACCUCGCGCUUCACCUCCCACGUGCGUGUCAUCGAGCCACUUUUUGUCUUUGUGUACAGCUACAUGGCCUACCUGUCGGCGGAGAUGUUCCACCUCUCCGGCAUCAUGGCGUUGAUCGCCUGUGGAGCGGUGAUGCGGCCCUACAUGGAGGCCAAUAUAUCCCACAAGUCCCACACCACCAUCAAGUACUUCCUGAAGAUGUGGAGCAGCGUCAGCGAGACGCUCAUCUUCAUCUUUCUGGGCGUGGCCACGGUGGAUGGACCCCACUACUGGAACUGGACCUUCGUCACCGUCACCGUGGUCCUGUGUCUGGUGGCGCGGGUCAUAGGUGUGGUCGGCUUGACCUUCAUCAUCAACAAGUUCCGCAUUGUGAAGCUUACCACCAAGGACCAGUUCAUUAUAGCCUACGGUGGCCUGCGAGGUGCCAUCGCCUUCUCCCUGGGCUUCCUGCUGGACAGCGAACUCUUCCCCAUGAGAAAGAUGUUCCUCACGGCCAUCAUCACCGUUAUCUUCUUCACGGUCUUCGUACAGGGCAUGACCAUCAAGCCCCUGGUGGAGCUUCUGGCAGUGAAGAAGAAGCAGGAGGCCAAGCGCACGAUUAACGAGGAAAUCCACACCCAGUUCCUCGACCACCUCCUGACUGGUAUUGAGGACAUCUGUGGACACUAUGGACACCACCACUGGAAGGACAAACUGAACCGCUUCAACAAGAAGUAUGUGAAGAAGUUCCUGAUUGCCGGCGAGCGCUCCAAGGAGCCACAGCUCAUCGCCUUCUAUCACAAGAUGGAGAUGAAACAGGCCAUUGAGCUGGUGGAGAGCGGCGGGGGAGUCAAGAUGCCUGCUGCUGUUCCCUCCACCGUCUCCAUGCAGAACAUUCAGCCCAAGAAGCCUCCUGCUCCCAAGACUGGGGACCGAGCCAUGCCGGCGCUGCCUAAGGGCAGAGAGGAGGAGAUCAGGAAGAUCCUGAGGAGCAACCUCCAGAGGACACGACAGAGGCUGCGCUCCUACAACAGACACACGCUGGUGAUUGAUCCGUUUGAAGAUGGACUCAGUGACUUGCUCAUCAAGAAGCAUAAGAUGAUUGAGCUGGAGAAGAAGAUUAAACAGAUGAAUAACUACCUGACGGUGCCGGCUGCCCCUCCCGACUCGCCGACUAUGUGUCGAGCCCGACUGGCCUCAGGGAGAAACACUGAUUUCACUCCUGCUCAGCAGCAGAAAGGGAACCGGGCCGGAGCAGACCCACAGGCCUACAGCAUGAAGCCGGAGUCGGGCAGCGUGCCGAGCAUCCAGGUGGACCUGGCCUCCCCUCAGUCUCCAGACUCUGUCAACGUGAUGGAUGAGUUCAGACGGGCCAAGCGGGAGGAGGAGGACGAGGAGCAGGGCCUGAUGAUGAAGCCCCCCCACGGGCAGAGCGGACCUAGCAAGACGGGCGAGCCGCAGAAGAUGACGCGGUGUCUCAGUGACCCGGGUCCCAGCGCCGACGAGGAGGAGGACGAACCCUUCCUGCCGUAGAGCGGCGGAGCGGCUGUGGAGGGAUCGGGGGGCUUGGCUAGAGGAGAGAGAGCUGCUUCACCGCUCUAGAUGAUCUCUUUGGUUCAGAAACCAAAGAAGCCAAAACUGCUGAAGCUGUACAAAGAUUACCUGAAAGAAAAAAGAGCCAUUAGUUUGUUAUUGUCAUUGCUCUUUAUUUUUUUAGACCGGCUUUGAGCAGCAGACGCUGAGAGAUUAUGAUGGAUCAUGUGAGACAUUCAGGAAAGAACUAUGCAUUACCAAAGGUCUGGACUGUUGGUCAGACAGAGUCCUUCUCACCUUAGUGUCCGACUGGUUUAUUUCUUACUUCUUGAUUUCAUAGUUGUCAAAUCAAGUCAAAUCAAACUACUUCAGUCCAGUUUUUCUCUUGAAAAUAGCUGAAAAUCCAAACACGUAGUGAGUCAAACAAAUACUUUUGCCUUAUUUUAAUGUCAGAUCUUUUCACUUGGUGCAUUUUAAUUUCAGGGGGCACUGACGAAUGUUUUUUGAGGUGCAGGUUAAAGCUGGAUGUAUUUAGCCACUCUUUAAAGUCAUGUGGCCUCGUGGAGGGAACUGACGGAAACUCCCUCGCUCUUGUAUAAAGUAGUUUUGACCUUUGUGAAGCUGAGUGUGCGACAGAUGUUUUUAAUGUCAGUCGUCACACUUGAGUUAAAUCACAUGUUCUCACGUUAGGGCUGCUCGAUUAGGGAAAACAUCAUAAUCACGAUUAUUUUGGAUAAUAUCAAAAUCACGAUUAUUUUAACGAUUAUUAAUAUGUGCCCUUAUUCUGAAUUCUAUGCUUUAUUUUUUAAUCACUUCCGGAUCCGGUAAACACCGAUGACGGCUGCGUGUCUUAUUCCUCCGUGAAACCAGGAUAGCGGUGGCCGGUUAUUCAAACCCUGACCGGCGCGGAGAAAUGCGGGUCCGGUCUGAACAGCCAGGCGGGAGCGCGCUUGAGAAUAGCGGUGCGCGGCGCGGCCGUUACAUGGUCUGCUGCUGCCCUCCCUGCUUUUCCACUCGCGCUGUUUUUUUCACCGCCGGUCACCACACACACAACUCCCCUCCUUCCCUUUACUGCUGCUUGAGACUGAGAGCCAGUCAGCUGGGCCGCUGAAUGCUUUGGGGGAAGGACUGAAUUGCGCAUGCGCGUCUCUUUCGAAAAAAAAGCCAAAUAAUCGUUUCAUCUUGAUAUUAGUAGUUUGGAGAUCGUUUGACCCGAUAAUCGUAAUCACGAUUAAAUUUCGAUUAAUCGAGCAGCCCUAACUCACGUCACAUUUCUGUCUUUAGAUGUUUUAAUCUUUUACCUCCGUCGGUCAGUUGUUAGAGUAGAUUCCUCAGAUGUUAACAUCUUAACGCUCAUCACCUCACUGGAGUUUUUAAUACAUCAGAUCUAUCGCUCACUAUCGUUUAGUCGCCUUCUAGCAUUCUUCAGUUUGAGGUCCCACGUUGCUCUCGAGCAUAUUUCAGAACGAAGUGAAGGUUUGUUUGUACAGGAAUCCAGCCACGCCCCCUAACCUUCUUAAGACUGUGGGCACGUGACGGCAAAAACAUAUAUAUUUAACUCUAUGCAGUAUGGAUGUGUAAUUUAUGUAAAUUAAUUAUAAGAUCGUGUAUCUAUGAAAAACCUUGAAAACUGAAGUCUUAUAAUCUUAACAUGCAAAACACAACAAACUAAAAAACUAAAGCUAAAGUCAACACGCGGGCAUUAAGACAAACAAUCACAGAAAAAAAUGCAUUUUUGCACAUUCGAGCAAGAAUGAAAAGUUAUUUGCAGUCACGAAAACACAACAUUCAGUUCUGUCGACCCCGUCACUGGAUGAGUUCUUCUUUUUCCGGCGGUUUUAAAGUUGUUGGUGACGAAUGGAUCCUCUCACAUCACAGCAGAGGACCACGAGAGUAAUGAGAUAUUCUGUUCGGGUACCUGUUCCCCAGUCGAGGGCGUUUAGGUCCUUUCUGGCCACCGACACGUUUCCUGCUCCCCUAUUUCUAACAAGAAUAAUCUCAGCAGAGAGAUGAGGGGUCAAACCCUGAAGCGUCUCGUCUCCCUGCCACGACCAAAUUGAAAUUCUCUUUCGGAAAUGCCCGCGUUCUGAAAAUGACAACAGACGACGCUGUUGUUAAAAAGCUUGGGAAUGACUAAACGACAGGUGGCGCCUUCUUCUCCUCCUCCUCCUCAGAUCCGCCUCCUAUUAAAGGACAGUGACGUUUUUACGGUUUGAAAAUGGUUCGUGGAAAAGUCCAGCUGCAGAAUCCUGGAGAGGCAAUUUUCUGUUGCGUCUCCCCACGUGUUAAAAGAUUUAAAACCUCCAGUCGAAGGCAGGUUCUUGAUCUCUAACUCUGCAGAGACCUUUCGGGGGGGUUUCAGGAAGUUUACAGCCUGCACUGUAAUAAUACAUUGAGGGAAUAUGAAGUCUUUCAUAUCAAAAUGGAAACCAAAUCAAUCAAAUAAUCCUCUAAAAUAAGACAAAGAAUUUAAAUCUCUAUUUUCAUGCUUACACCAAAUGAAUCUUUUUGGGGGCAAACACUUCUCCUCUUCAGGGAAACGUUUGCUUCACAAAACCUCAGUUUGAAGCCAAACACCUUAAAGAAUAACUUCAUUAUGUCAGAAUGUCAUUCACAUCAUUUUGCCUUUUGUUUCUGCUCAACGCACAAACAUCUUUAAUCUUUUAAUCACUUGUGUCUUCGCUUGUUUUUCAAACGAAUGUUUUAUCAAUUUGAAAAGUUUCCGUUCUGGAUAUCUAUUUUCUUUCUUCAGCGAUGAAUUGUUUUAAGUCUCUGCCUGUUGUCCUCAUUGAUUGUGUUGGACUUUUGCGUCACCAGCUCUGUGACGCUUUGUGUUGUUUUUUUUGCAUCUUUUUGCUUUAAAACACUUCAUGUGCUUUACUCGCUCGACUGCUGUUAUCACUCAGAGACUUUUUUUUUUGUCUCUACAGGCCAAUCUGAGUCUCUCUCUCUUUAUCGCCAUGUGCUUUCACUUUUUAAAGCUGCAUUGUUUUUCAUGUUUAACCUGUAACGACACUCCAGAAGCUUUUCUCAACCCAAAGUUCAAACUGUGGAGUUCAGGCUCUGGCUUCAUAUCAGAGCAACGAGCUGAAUCGACCAUUAGACACUAAACGGUACAGUUUCACAAGCGAUCAAAUCAAAGACAGAUUGUUUCCACUGGGGAAAGUAAAGUCAAAGCCUCGAUUCCAAUCAGCCACACAAGCUGCUUCCUGACUCUGAAGCUGAAGGACACACUGGUGUUUUUGCAUGUUUCUGCUUUCAUUUUACGUUUCCUCUGCAAUUUCACGCAAAUUAAUUUCCUUUCAAAAAAGAACAGAUGUUUUUAAACUUCAUGAACAUCAGGUUGUAGAGAUCCCAGGUACAUUAUUUUGUCGUGUAAUAAUAACUAAGAGCAGCAGUGCCAUGCGACGGUGAAAUACACAUAAGCUAACGUCGUUGUUUCAAAGGUAGAAAAACACUAUUGUACAAAUAGUGUUGCACUGAUUUGGUGCAUUUUACUACGUGGAUGAAAAUAUGCAAAGACGCUGGUAUGUUCCUCUCGAUGCAGUUAGAUCGGACCAGUGCAAGGUGAGAAUGUGGGUGAACAUUGAGUUAAUUAUAAAAAGCUGUAAUCACACACACACACACACACCUCAUCACCACAGUGACCCAGUCGUGUGUCAUCUCUCCUCCACCCAAAGACUGUUCUCCUCCCUCGCUCACCUCAUCAGUAUCUCCCGUCGGGGGGGUCCACCGUUCACACGACCCUGAGCACUUUAACGAAGCAGAACCUUUAUCUCGAGAUGCUGAUGUUGGAGCGAGCAAUAAGAGGCUUUAAUGUAACGUGCACGUCACAGGGGAAAAAGGAAUGUACUGUCAUGGUGUCGGGCCUUGUCAAAGAAAUGGGUUUGUGUUUUUGGUCCUGACGUAAAGAGAAGCUGGGAUUUCAGAUUGUUUGUGAAGGCCUCGCGAUGACUGAUCAUAUUUCCCUUUAUUUCCCUCACGAUCUGUUUGUCUUCAUGUUUUUAUUGAAAUUAUGUGACAGUUUCCUUUGUGCAGUUUGACAAUUUCAAUUUUGCAAUAAUGAAAGAUAAUUUUUUACUAAAUGUACACAUGACUGGGAAAUAUAUAUAUAUAUAUGUAGUAUAAUUAGAGAUAAUUAUGUAUUAGAAAUGUAUUAUGAUGAUCUGAACGAUACGUGUGCACUUUCUCUCUGAUUAAUCUUCAGCUUUUAGCAUUCCAUUCCUGUAUCGACCAGUGAAAAUUAACAACCAGAGGUGAAACUACGUCAGAAACUAUAUAUACAGAAUAAAAGUUUUACUUUAUAGCA